UUGUUUUCUUGGAUUUCUGCUUGGAAAAGGCGAACCUUUUUGCGUGAAUCUUCAUAACCUUUCUUCUCCUCUUCUUCUUUUCUUGGACUUUUUGGGUGGAAAGUAUAAGGUGAGAGCGUCUGGAGACGACGACGACGACCCUUCCAAAUUGAACCGGCACUAGUGUUCUGAAUCAUCUUUUCGUUUCUCUUGCUGUUUUCUUGGAUUUCUGAUCGUUGAAGACAAAGCUCUUCGCGUUAAUCUCAACGUGUUUUCUUGUAUUCUUCCCUUUGUAACACACGGUUUCCUCUUUCUUCUUGAAUUCCAGUGGUUCUCUUUGUUACAUACGUGAAUUUGCCUUCUCUUUAUUCUAGCGGAAAUGCUCAACUUGAAGCUAAUUCUUGCUUUUCUUCUUGUUUCUAUAAAUUUGCCUUCUUUUUUCUUUCUUUCUUUUCUUUCGGCCAUAUUGCGAACCUGUUUAUUUUGGUUUCAAAUGUGGUCUAAUGCAUUGUGAUGAAGGUCUGGGCAACACCAAACGUCGACUACAUCAGCUCCAGCUGCGGAUCAUGGGUUACGUCUUCUACUUCCUAUGUUAGUCUACUCCGUCAUUGCGAGUGUCAAACAUCCAAGCAAAUGGCACAAGCAGCAAGGCUGAAUCUGAGGCUGCAGAAGGAACUUAAGCUGCUCAUGACUGACCCACCUCAUGGAGUCUCCCUUCCUUCACUGUCUGAUAACCCAAACCUACCGUCUGUAUCACUUUUAAGCAUUGAGGCCCAGAUUGAAGGACCUGAAGAAACUGUAUACUCCAAAGGCAUUUUCACUGUCAAGAUUCAAGUACCUGAAAGAUAUCCUUUUCAACCACCGAAUGUGACCUUUGUUACACCAGUUUACCAUCCCAACAUUGAUAAUGGAGGCCGCAUUUGUCUUGAUAUUCUCAAUCUGCCACCAAAGGGUGCAUGGCAGCCAUCAAUGAACAUUUCAACCGUCUUAACAAGCAUUAGAUUGUUACUGAGUGAGCCCAACCCUGAUGAUGCUCUAAUGGCUGAAACUAGCAGGGAAUUCAAGUAUAAUAAACAUGUCUUCGAGCAAAAGGCCCGAACUUGGACAGAAAGAUAUGCUAAUCCUGGCUCUACAGGGAGAAGUAGUGAUCAUGCCCUUUCGACCAGCCUGAACGUGGCACCAUUGGAACACAUUCACGAAAUUCCAGCCAACGAUAUCCACAGGAGGCACAAGAAGCUUCGCCUAACAUGUCAAGAUCUAUCAACAAACCCAACAACACCUACUGGAAUCAGCAACAAUGAUGAAAAUCAGAAUGUAGUACCUACUCAACAGCGAUCUGUAUCGGACAGGCAGCAAACAGGUUCAUCUCGUUUUGAGUGGUCACUGUGUGCCAGUGCCACAAUUCACAAAAGAUCUCUUGAUGAGCAUGCUGAGGAAGCUGUGAAAGAUGAUCCCAAGCAGGUGGAAGCAAGUCCAGAAUUCCUAGAGACGAUCAUCGUAUCUGACAGUGAAGAAAGCGAUGAUGAAGAUGAUUCACCCUCACAAUUUUUGCGAAAGAAAAUAGUUUGAGAUAUUGUCUUAGCCUGAGCAGAAAAAAGAACAAGAAGCACUGUGAAUGUACCACAAUUCUGAUCCCAAGCUCAGUUGUAAUAUACAAAGUUGUAUUCAAAUCUUUUGUUUUGAGGCAUUGACAUGAUAUAUAAAUCCAAACUCCAAAA